CAGCCUUUCGAUCCGCAUGCGCACUCCGUCGAGCGCGGCCUGAGGAAAUUUCGUUACACGCCCGCUGAAGCAGCCUCCUGUGUCUCCUCCUACCUUCUCCAUUUUUCAACACUCUCCAGUGUGUUGAUCUGAAAACCACGUUAAAGUCGUAUUUCGUCUGUUUGGAAAAGCGACUGGAUCUGGUUGUUAGGAGGAAGUGAAAUGGAAGUUCUGCGCCCACAGAUUAUAACAAUUGAUGGGAGGAAUUAUAGGAAGAAUCCUAUCCAAGAAAAAACUUACCAACGUGAAGAAGAUGAGGAGAAUUUCUAUCAAGACUCCAUGGAGGGUGCCGACGAACCCUGUGAUGCCUACGCCGUGGAGCAGACCCCGCAGGGCUUCCGGUCCACGGUGAGCGCCCCCAGCCUGCUCUACAAGCAUAUAGUUGGAAAGAGAGGUGAUACUAGGAAGAAAAUAGAAAUGGAGACCAAAACUUCUAUUACUAUUCCUAAGCCUGGACAAGAUGGAGAAAUAGUCAUCACUGGCCAGCAUCGCAAUGGUGUAAUUUCAGCCCGAACGCGGAUCGAUGUUCUCUUGGACACUUUCAGAAGAAAGCAGCCCUUCACUCACUUCCUUGCUUUUUUCCUCAAUGAAGUUGAGGUUCAGGAAGGAUUCCUGAAAUUCCAGGAGGAAGUACUAGCGAAGUGCUCCAUGGACCGUGGAGUCGACAGCUCUGUUUUCCAAAAUCCCAAAAAGCUUCACCUUACGAUUGGGAUGUUGGUGCUUCUGAGUGAGCAAGAGAUCCAGCAGACUUGUGAGCUGCUCCAGCGCUGUAAAGAGGAAUUCAUUAAUGACAUUACAAGGGGCACACCCCUGGAAGUGGAGAUGGCCGGGAUAGAGUACAUGAACGACGACCCCGGGAUGGUGGAUGUGCUCUACGCCAAAGUCCACAUGAAAGAUGGCUCCAACAGGCUGCAGGAAUUGGUGGAUCGAGUGCUGGAACGCUUUCAGGCAUCUGGACUAAUAGUGAAAGAAUGGAAUAGUGUGAAACUGCACGCUACAGUCAUGAACACACUAUUCAGGAAAGACCCCAAUGCUGAAGGCAGGUACAAUCUCUACACACCGGAUGGCAAAUAUAUCUUCAAGGAAAGAGAAUCAUUUGAUGGCCGAAACAUUUUAAAGUUGUUUGAGAACUUCCACUUCGGUUCUCUGAAGCUCAAUUCCAUUCACAUCUCUCAGAGGUUCACCGUGGACAGCUUUGGGAACUACGCCUCCUGCGGGCAGAUUGACUUCUCCUGAGGUGGGCUCCCGAAGCACUGGCUGCGGCAGCCCUCACGAGGGCUGCAAAGAAACGAUGACCUCCACAGGACUGCACAGAAAGUUCUAGAAGAACGUGGGCUCUGCAGCGCUCAGUCCAGCUCCCACUCCUCCUCCACGUCCUCUCCUGGCAUCCUUGUCCUCUCCGCAUUCUUAUCUUGAUUCUACCUCUCUGUUCUUGGCUUCUUCCUUGAGCCUGCAUGAAGGGUGCUGAGUCUCGAGGGCAGUGUCCGGCAUCCAGCGGGCUGCACAGACCACUUGUGAAUAAACGCAUUUCCACAGUA